AUGGUGCUGGCCGCUGUGUUGAGUAUUAUGCUAUCCGUACUCGGUUUUCGCACUGGCGUCGACGCCACGGCCCGUUCCGAUCCUCUCUCCUCCGGUCGCGCGUCCAGGCACACCGCCUCGCUCACGCGUGCCACUCAGCAGAACCAGGCGCAGCUGGUCACCAAGCCGAUCGGAGCACUCUUUCCGUACGAGGACCACCGGAGCAACAAGCUAGCACCGCAGGCCAAGGCGUGCCUUUUUCCCGACUUUUCUCGACUCGCCAACGUGGGUGGACACCAUCAGCCCAGACGAUCGCGGCACAAGUCGAGGACGGGCAAAGGGACAAAUCAGCAGCUUCACCGUCGUCUGAUGCAGGUGGACGCGCACGGACACAACCAUGAGACAGAACAGCGCAUGAGGACUGGCACAGGCGUAUCCCACGUUGACAAUACAGAAGCUGACAACGAGUACCUCAUCGAAGUGUGGAUCGGAACGCCCGGCCAGCGGGUGCUCCUACUUCCCGACACAGGCUCUUGGGAGACAUGGGCGUACGGCCCUACGUGCUGCUUUGCGUCGAACCACAGCUUCUUUGACCCGGGAGCAUCAGAGACAUACGCGAACCGGACGGUGAAUCGGGGAACGGGCGAGUCGGUGCGUGUGCCGCGCGGUCAGCCAGGCGAUGAGGUGACGCUCGAGUAUGGCGCAAGGAAUCGUGGCUUGCGUGGCUACGCGGGUUCCGACACCGUGUCGCUGUCGCAGACCACGCCGGACCUGAAGGUCAGACAGGCCACCGUCAUUGUCGCGACAGACAUCGUCAAGGACACCGUUGCGUCACAGCGCAAGCUCGACGGCAUCAUGGGCUUCGCACCGUCGUCCUACGUAACGCCGCGCAUGCGCAGUAGCACCGUCUCGCCCAUGGAGCUUCUCGUACGUGAAGGACACCUGUACCGGCCCUUUCUCAGCCUGACGCUCGUCAAGGCCGACCGAAGGACGGGCGUGGGCCUCGGUGGACGCAUCACCUUUGGCGACGUGGACCUGGCCGCCGUCAUGGGACACCGUGAGGACAGCUUCGAAUGGUUCCCCAGCGAUGCACACGAUUUCUGGGGCGGCUUCCUUGCGGCCGAGGCACCCUUGCUCAUCAAUGGAGAAGCAGUGCAGUGGAAGAUCAACGAGCCCGUCAACUACAUCCUCGAUACAGGCUCAGCACUCAUCUCACUGCCCCGCGAGGCCGCUGCGCUCCUCAAUGGCGCAAUUCCCGGCGCCUUCUUUGUGAAAGAGCUUGGUCGCUGGUCCAUCCCCUGCGCUACAGGCCUCGACGCGCGUGCCGACCGCAAUCCGUCGUCGUCGUCGGAGUCCUCGCCGCCACCACCGCCGCGACCUCCACCAGCCCCGAUUAUCUCUUUCGGCAUCGGCCACACCACCUUUUCGAUCCCCGCCUCGGAUCUUGUCUUCUUUCCAAAAGACCCGCUUCCGCCGAGUCUGACCAGCGGCCGUGAAGGUCUCUGCUUCUCAGCAAUCCAGGGCUUCGAAGAAACAUUCGUAGUGCUAGGCACCGUCUUUCUCCGCUCCUACGCCGUCACGUUCGACUAUGGUCCAGGUGCGCAGCCCGACGGCCCGCGACGCAUCGGCAUCGCUCGGCGCACCGACGUCACCUACCCUUCUCAGACUUAA